AUUCAGUUCGCCUCUUUUUCGCUACUGUUUUUAUUGUUUUACUCUUGUUAGUCCACGGAGCUUAACUAAGUUAUACAUUAUCGGAUAAAGAAUUUAUAAUAAGGAUUUUUUACAUAUACUUUCGACCACCCAGUCGCGUCUACGCGAAAAAAGACAUCUGAGUAUCUUGGAGAGCGAAUUUUAAAUUUCUAGUAUAAUCGAAAGGAAAAAAAAAAUUGUCCUUGAAACUUUUAUCGUCCAUUUUUUUUUUUAUUGCAAAUGAACAUUAAGAGCCGUGCACUUUUGGAUUUACCAAACUUUCUUUGGGUUUUAAUUGAAAUAUUACGUAAAAAAUUUGGCUACUGACGUUCAUUGUCUUCUAAAAAUAAAAUAAAUCGUCGAAGACAUUAGAUAAAUUUAAUUAGCUUUUAAAUAGACUUUUAGUGAGAUUUUUUGAUGAUAAGAUAAUUGAAUUUAAAGCUAAUUAUAUACUGGUGAUUUGACACGUCGACCACAUUAAAUGUAAUCAAAUAAUAAUUUGUUCGUCAAAGAGUUCAAAUAGUCUUUUAUUUCUUUACUUGUUCUCAAAGAACUUUACCAUGAAGUUGAUAUUAAUUUUUGUAAUUUUUAACGCCGUUUCUCUGGGAACUUCUUGUUCGAGUUCAGGAAAAAUGCCUAUUGAUGCAGCCAGAAAAGGUGUACUAGUAGGCCCAAAUACUCCUGUUUACUAUCUUAGAAAUGGACACGAAAAUUUGACAAUUGAGAAGAAAACAGAUGUAUUGAAAGUUUCACGUUCCGUCAGUUAUUACAAAAGUCCUUACAAUUUUAAUAAUAAUACAAUGUUUUUAAGGAUUCUAGUUAUUGUCGAUUAUGAAUUAUACCGUAAAAAUGAAGAGCAAGGAAUAAUUGAUUACGUAGUAAAGUACAUGAGUGGAGUCGACGAGUAUUUCUUGCCAUUUGAUUAUCCGUCAGUUAAAAUAGUUCUAGCAGGAAUAGUCAUAGCUACACAUCCAGAUGCAAUUAAAUUUCUGAAACCAUUGAAGUUAUCUGAUGACGCGAGUCUAAAAGUAAUGGAAUAUUCAGCUACUACAUUUGAACAAUUUGUUGAUGUUAUCCCAUUAGAUAGUUUUCAUGCUGACGAAGUAUUGCACAAAAUGAACGGAUUUUUAUUUCAAUAUAGAAACAUUUUUAAUCAUAGCGAAUAUGAUCGUUAUUUAAUCUUGGCAUCUCGACACUUAUAUACUGGGAGACCGCCUUAUUUGAGCAGAGUGCUCGGUAUGACGGAUUUUGCAUCCAUUUUUUUAGAACAUAGAAAACCAUCAAAAAUUCCACUUGGAGCAAUUGUUGAUGAACCACUAGACAUUUAUCAAGAUACAGGUGCCCACGAAACUGCUCAUAUGCUCAAUAUCGGUCAUGAUAAUUCUUCAAAAUGUCAAGACGGGUAUAUCAUGAGUGAAACCGGAUAUCGUAAUUCAAACUCAUACGAUUGGUCAGAAUGUUCAAAGGAGGCGUUACAAGAAACUUUUAGGGAUGAAUAUUAUUCGAGUUUACUCAAACGGCCUGAAUUUUUGAGUAAUUGAAAUGAUCCAUCAAGAAUUUCGUCAAGAUUACGUCGAUGUAAAAAAUUAAUAUAAACAUUAUUAUUCAUCUUCUUUUUUGUUUGUAAUACAUAUCGA